AUGCCUGCACCGAAAUAUAUUCGAAAUCUUUCAUUUCAUAACAUGUCUAGUAGGGCCGGAGAAAGUUCGGGAUCCUGUUCAGAAGACGAGAUAAACAAUGUUGAUGAAACGAGAGACCGACCUGAAGCGCACAUGUGCCCGCGCUGUCAGGAACAGUUCGAGAAUCUUCACGAGUUCCUAUAUCAUAAACGACUGUGCGACGAAAAAGCGUUGCAAAUGGGAGAGGAAAGAAUGCACUCCGAUCCUGAAGAAAUGGUUGUUUCGGGAGAUGAAGAAAUGGAUGGGCCUAAUAAAAGGCUAGAACAAGUCCGCCGGCAUCGACAAGAUGCAGCGAACAAUAACAGCCUUGAAGACGGUGAGGCUGAAGUGCCUGAAGCUGAUGUGCCACCAGUCGGACUUCCCUUUCCAGUGGCAGGCCACGUUACACUAGAGGCUUUACAAAAUACUAAAGUGGCAGUAGCUCAAUUUGCCGCAACAACUAUGGCAAAUAACGCAGAUAAUGAAGCGGCGUUGCAUGAACUAGCCGUGUUACAAAGCACACUAUUUACGCUACAACACCAACAAGUAUUUCAGCUGCAAUUAAUACGCCAAUUACAAAAUCAACUGUCAUUAACACGUCGGAAAGACGAUCCGAUCCAGAGCCCACCGCCGAGUGAACCAGAGCCAAGUUUGCCAGCGCCUCCCGUUCGAUCACCGUCGCCGCCGCGUCCGCCACGGGAGCCAACUCCUGUCGCACCUACCCCUCCCACUAGUCAAAACUUGCCGUCAACCCACUCACAUCUUACACCUAAGACGGAACCACUUUCCAUUCCUAAACUUCCAACCUCGUCUCCACCAAUGAUGAGUCAUCCACCUUACAGCUCUAUUUCCUCGUCGUUAGCGUCUUCAAUAAUUACAAACAACGACCCACCACCGUCUCUCAACGAACCAAAUACGCUAGAAAUGCUUCAGAAAAGAGCUCAAGAAGUAUUAGACAACGCGUCACAAGGUCUAUUAGCGAACAAUCUUGCCGAUGAACUCGCCUUCAGAAAAUCUGGCAAAAUGUCACCUUACGAUGGAAAAUCUGGAGGAAGAAACGAACCAUUUUUCAAGCAUCGUUGCCGUUAUUGUGGAAAAGUGUUCGGAAGUGACUCAGCGCUGCAAAUCCACAUUCGAUCACACACAGGUGAAAGGCCAUUUAAAUGUAAUGUAUGUGGAUCACGAUUUACAACCAAAGGAAAUUUAAAAGUACAUUUCCAAAGACAUACAUCAAAGUUUCCGCAUGUCAAGAUGAAUCCAAAUCCAGUACCAGAACAUUUGGACAAAUACCAUCCCCCACUGUUAGCGCAAUUGUCGCCGGGACCGAUUCCUGGCAUGCCACCACAUCCACUUCAAUUCCCGCCGGGUGCGCCAGCUCCUUUUCCGCCAAGCUUGCCAUUGUACAGACCUACACAUCAUGAUAUUUUACCACCUCGUCCACUUGGCGAUAAACCUCUACCACCUCAUCCAUUAUUUGCGAUGCGAGAGGAACAAGAAGCUCCGGCUGAUCUCAGUAAACCAUCCGCGCCGAGCCCCUGUCAAUCGGGACCAGAGGUUAAGUCUGAACCACAAGAUGAAGAGAGUCAGCGGGAUUCCAGUUUCGAAGACACAGAUCGUGUAUCUCCUAAACGAGAACUCGAAGAAAACGAUACAGCACCAGAUCCAGAACAAGACAGAUAUCCUUCAACAUCACCAUACGAUGACAGCAUGGAUUCCAAAUAUAGUAAUGAAGAACAAAUUGGCAGGGACAGUCCUCACGUGAAGCUCGAUCCAGAUCAACCGGAAAAUCUCUCAAGUAAGAAUUCACCGAUAUCUGGGCCAAUUUCAAUAGCAACGGGUCUACGUACUUUUCCUUCUUAUCCCCUUUUUCCUCAGUCGCCGCCUAGUAGUAUCUCUUCUGGUAGUUUAACUCCAUUUCUAAACACAGUUCACAACGUUGUUGACGUAGAUCUGGCGCGUGAUCCUAUGUUCUAUAAUUCUAUGUUACCCCGUCCCGGCAGCAAUGAUAACUCCUGGGAAAGUUUAAUAGAAAUUACAAAAACAUCAGAAACAUCUAAACUCCAACAGUUAGUCGAUAAUAUCGAUAACAAGGUAUCAGAUCCUAAUGAAUGUAUAGUAUGUCAUCGUGUUCUCUCUUGCAAAAGUGCCCUACAAAUGCACUAUCGUACGCACACGGGCGAGAGACCUUUUCGAUGUAAAUUGUGUGGUCGCUCUUUUACGACCAAGGGUAAUUUAAAAACUCAUAUGGGCGUUCAUCGCAUUAAGCCUCCCGUUCAAAUGUUACACCAGUGUCCUGUUUGCCAUAAGAAAUUUUCUGAUCCCUCAAUAUUACAUCAACAUAUACGACUUCACACGGGCGAGCGUGCCUCCAUCUCUUUUGAUCAAAUGAGAAACCUUGAUAUUGACGGUUUUCCAUCACCAAGUAAUGGGUCAGACGUCAGCGACUAUCAAGCUCAGCGCCUUUUCCCACCUCCAAUGUUUCCCACUCCGAAUACUCCCGGCGACCGACGGGCGGACUCCCACGGGACCGACGAUGAGAGCGGCCGGGACGAGCGUGAGCCCGCUAUUCGGGAGUUCGACGACGACUUAGAUAUGAAGGAUCGUCGAACUUCGCCGCUCUCCGUCUGCGCCUCGGCGUCCGAAAGCGAAUUAAAAACCAUCACCACAACGGCUUCCCUCCCAUCGGCGACAGGUUCGGAGAGCGGGCGGAGCGCGCGAGCCUCGCCGCCAUCACCUACGAUGUCGUCGCUGUCGACGCCGCCGAGGCUGCCGCUGCACUCACCGCUGCCGUCGCCGCCGACACCUAUCGCCGCGCUCGGCGCUCUCGGAGGAUCGCCUUUCAGCCCACUCGGACUCGCGUUUCCUCCCGCAGUGCGCGGCAACACGACCUGUAACCUCUGCUACAAGACCUUCGCCUGCCACUCUGCUCUGGAGAUACAUUACCGAAGUCACACCAAGGAGCGACCAUUUAAGUGCACCGUUUGUGAUCGAGGCUUCUCAACAAAGAGCAGUGGCGGCGGUUGCCGGUGUGGUAGGCGCGCGCGCGCAUCCCGCCCCCCGCACGCCACUGCUUUGGACCUCUGGAACGCCUUCGUUUACCCGGGCAACAUGAAACAACACAUGCUGACGCACAAGAUCCGUGACGUCCCUCCUGGCUUCGACAAGAGUCAAGAUGAUCGCGAAUCAAGCCCGGACAGGCGCUCAUCUCCUGACAAGAUUGACCUGAAACGAUCGUCACCUGCGCAUCCUCCGCCUCCAAUCACGCACGCCCCACCCAUUGACAUGCCACCGAUGCCUAAGCGACCUACCGUACCGUCAGCGCCGACGCACCCUCCUCCACCUGUAUCAUCGAAACAUCUUUGCGGAGUUUGCCGCAAAAACUUUUCUUCGUCGUCCGCAUUGCAGAUCCACAUGCGAACGCACACUGGUGACAAGCCCUUCAGGUGUGCCGUCUGCCAAAAAGCCUUUACAACAAAGGGUAACCUCAAGGUGCAUAUGGGUACGCACAUGUGGAGCGGAGGCGCGUCAAGGCGUGGACGUCGUAUGUCCCUGGAGUUACCGCCGCGGCCACUCCACGAGCCCCAUGACCUAUUAAGAAGGCCAGACCUAUUCUACCCGUACCUGCCCGCGCCAUUCCUCAACGGCAUGCAGCAAAAGCUAAAUGAAAUAUCAGUCAUUCAGCAGAGCGCGAGCCAAAACGGAGUAGCCGGAAAGUUCCCAGGGCUCCUCGGAUUUGGGGCGUUUGCAGGAGCGAGGCCCGGUGCAGCUUCACCACUAGAGAGACCACCGUCACUAGAAGGUGGAGAUGAGAGGCAGGCAGCUAUGCGUGAGUUAGCAGAGCGUGGGCGAGAGUUGGCUGAACGAAGUCGCCAAAUGCGUGAGGAGAGCGAGUACCGUUCGCCUCCGGCACUCGGGCACCCGCCGCCCGCAGCGCAAGCGUCGCCGCCUGCGCCGCACCACCCGCAUUCGCACCCGCUCGCUUCAAUCCCGCCGCCCGCUCGCACAGAGGGCCUCACCGUAUAA